AAGUGUUUGAUUCUAAAGUUAUAAUCCCUUGCAAUAUUUCUGAUAAUUAAUAACCAAAAAAUAUUAAAAUAUAAAACAGACUAAAGAUACAAAAUAAUGAUGUAAUAAUACUGAAUAUGUUAGUUUAUUAAAACAUCAUGUCAGAUAAUAGAUUUAUACUUCGUUCCUAUGGAUUUGAUAACCAUGGCAGAUUAGUAAAUCUUGAACCUGGUGAACAAAAUUCCAAUAUAUAUGAUAGACGUCUUCCAUAUAUAGAAGCAACUUUGAGAAGAUUCAGUGAAAACGUAAGGCCUGUCACUGGUUCUAAUAAUGAAAUGCAUGAAGAGCAAACAAUAGCAAUGUUACCGACUGAAGAAACUAAUUUUCCAACUUCUGUGACUAAUUCAAGUGAUCCUGUACUUUCCAUUGACGCAACUGAUGGAUCAUCAUCUCCUAGUCAAGAAUCUAAUAUUCAAACUUUAAAUGUAGAAGACGAUAAGAGAUAUUGUUGGGUUUGUUUUGCAACGGAUGAAGAUGAUGCUACUGCAUCUUGGGUUAAACCAUGUCAUUGUCGAGGUACAACAAAGUGGGUUCAUCAAGGUUGCAUACAACGUUGGGUUGAUGAAAAACAAAAAGGUCGUGCUGGUGCACAUGUAGCUUGCCCACAAUGUAAUACAGAAUACAUUAUUGUUUAUCCAAACAUGGGGCCAUUGGUUGUAAUACUUGACACUAUUGACGGAGUUAUUUUUCGAGUAUGUCCAUUUAUUGCUGCAGGCAUAGUAAUUGGAUCUAUAUAUUGGACAGCAGUCACUUAUGGGGCAGUAACAGUUAUGCAAGUAGUUGGUCAUAAAGAUGGUUUAACAAUGAUGGAACAAGCUGAUCCUUUGGUAUUAUUAGUUGGCUUACCAACUAUUCCAAUUAUGCUAGUUUUGGGAAAAAUGCUUAGAUGGGAAGAUCAAGCACUUAGCCUUCUUAGACGACAUGCUUGCAAAGUUCCUAUUCUAAGGCAUUUCUUACCUAGUAGUUAUUCUGAUGAUGAUAGAACGCAGUCAUCAGAUGUUCCACCAAUGAGUGACCCUGUAUCUGCAACUCGUGUCCUUUGUGGAGCACUUCUUUUACCAACUAUUGCUAGCAUAUGUGGAAAAAUAUUCUUUGAAAGUGUACAUUCAAAUUUUCAAAGGACGUUACUUGGUGGUAUGGCGUUUAUAGCCAUAAAAGGUGCGUUUAAAAUAUAUCAUAAACAGCAGCAAUAUGUGAGACAAUGCCAACGUCGCAUAAUGGAUUAUACAGAUAGUAAUGUAGCAUUAUACAAAAGAAAGCAAAGUUCAGGAACUCAAACUAGCUAAAUCAGAAAAUGUGAAAAAAAAAUUAUAAUUGGAAAACAGUAUCAUUUUACAGAUUGAAGCUACCCUUCAUGUAUUUGUUUUUUCUUUUCAUUUUUUUUUUUUAAUUUUUUAACAAUUUUUUUUCUUUUGUAUAUUGAAAUAUUAUUACAAAGUUUUAAAAAUAAUCACUAUUGAAAUAUAGCAGACACAAUGAACAUAAAAAAUGAUAUAAAUGCAUCUUUUAAAUUACUUUAACAUAAUAUGAUUUCAUUCUGAGCAUCUAUAAGUACUAAUAUUUCAAAUGUUACCUAAAUAAUUAUAGAUGC